AUGUCGCCGGCAAAGAAAGACGAUGAUCACGCCAUGAAUUGGGCAGAACUUCGUUCUACCUUACUCACGAUGCACGAGUCCAUGAACGCCACGAUUCAGACUUCCAUCCAAUCAUCAAUGCGAGAGUUAGGAGACACGCUAGCACAACACCUUCAAUCACGAGGCCACAGAGAAGACAGAAGAGAGGAAACACUUGAGGGUAACCCGUUUGCUCAUCAUCGACAUGAUCACAACAACGAACUUGUGGUUCGUAGACAAGACACUCGCGACUCGCGUUGGGAAGCUGGAUUCAAAGUUGACAUUCCCGAAUUUAGUGGUGGAGUCCGUGGUGAUUCAUUAAUCGACUGGUUAGUGACAGUGGAAGAGAUCCUUAGCUUCAAACAAGUUCCACACGAUAGACGUGUUGCCCUUGUCGCAACGAGAUUUUGCGGUCAUGCGGCGUCCUGGUGGCAGCAACUUAAACUCACUCGUGCUCGCACAAAUAAGUCACCGAUUGAUUCAUGGGACAAAUUGCAAAGGAAGCUCAAGGAGACGUUCUUACCACACAAUUAUGAUCGCACCAUGUAUACGAGACUUCAAAAUCUCAAACAAGGAAGCCGCACAGUCGAUGAGUAUGCCGAAGAAUUCUAUGUCCUUCUUACACGAAAUGACAUCAAUGAUAGUGCACCUCAGCUCGUUUCUCGUUUCAUUGGAGGCUUGAGGCCACAGUUACAAAACUCUUUAGCCCAAUUUGAUCCCACUUCAGUCGCCGAAGCUCACCGUCGUGCCGCAUCUUUUGAACUGCAACAUCGUUCGUCAAAUUGGAGUAGUUCGUCCAACAGAUCACGACCUCCUGACCCUACAAGCACCACCGCCGACGCCAGCCCUCGUGACACCUCGGAAGCUCACCCUACCGUUCCUCGUCCGGCCCAGUCGCAAGAGGAGCAACAACUACGACGCUCUACCCGUAAUGCCCUCUGUUGUUAUAGCUGCGGAGAACCGGGUCACCGCCAGACCUCGUGCCCCAACAAAACCAGACGUGGUCUUCUUGCAGGAGAGAACGAGCCGGAUCAAGAACCUCUUUAUGAUUCCGCAGGAGAAGAACACACGGACGAUGGCGAGACUGUCCUCCCAUUGGUGCGUCCUACACGUGGUGAUAAUGGACCAUUGUUACUUGUGAGCCGUACGUGUUUGGUGCCCGCAGCCAAAACAGAUUUAUGGUUGCGUACUAACAUUUUUCGAUCCACCUAUACGAUUAAGGGACGUUUGUGUGCUGCAAUUUGCAAUUUUAAUAUUGAUUCAGGUAGCUCUCACAACAUUAUUGCUGAAGAGGCGGUUCGCAAAUUAGGUCUUCCUGUGGAGAUUCAUCCGACGCCUUACCAUCUCGGCUGGCUAACUAAUGGGGUUAGUAUGAGGGUUACUCACCGUUCCUUAGUGCCAUUUUCGAUCGGCCCGUAUUACAAAGAUCGUAUGUAUUGUGAUAUUGCACCUAUCGAUGUCUGCCAUUUGCUUCUUGGACGACCAUGGGAAUAUGACCGCAAAAUAAUUCACGAUGGAGUAAAAAAUACUUACCGUAUCAUAUGGGAGACACACCAAAUCCUCCUAUUACCAGGUCGUGAGACUCCCGCAGAACACAAGCCUUCCACACCGCCGUCUCAACAGGCUCCUCCAUCUUCAGCUAUGCCACCGGAGCCGUCUUUAUUCUGUUCCUACUCCACGUUUGAACAAGAAUUUCACAAGGAGGGUUUCGCAUUUGCUGUGUUAGCCAAGCGCGCUGUGACUUACACCACAUUGACGUCUUCUCCCCGGUAUGAAUCUUUAAUUCAUGAGUUUGCUGAUGUGUUUCCUUCUGAACUACCACCAGGCCUACCUCCUCUUAGUGACAUUCAGCACCAAAUUGAUCUACUUCCCGGUGCUACGCUCCCAAAUCGCCCUCAUUACCGUAUGAGUCCACGCGAACACGAAGAACUCCGUCGUCAGGUCGAAGAUUUACUCACUAAGGGCUACAUUCGGGACAGCCUAAGCCCUUGCGCUGUGCCAGCGUUGUUAAUCCCGAAGAAAGAUGGUUCUUGGCGUAUGUGUGUGGAUAGCCGGGCCAUCAAUAAAAUCACCACCCGCUACCGUUUCCCUAUUCCUAGGCUGGAUGACUUGUUAGACCAGAUUGGGAAGUCGACUAUUUUUUCAAAAAUAGAUCUUAAGAGUGGUUACCACCAGAUACGUAAACGACCCGGAGAUGAAUGGAAGACCGCUUUUAAGACACGGGAAGGCCUUUUUGAAUGGCUUGUAAUGCCAUUUGGGUUGUCUAACGCACCGAGCACAUUUAUGAGAGUCAUGAAUCAAGCGCUCAGACCAUUCAUUGGAAAGUUUGUGGUCGUCUAUUUUGACGACAUCCUCAUUUUUAGCACCUCCGAGGACGCACACCUUGAGCAUUUGCGAGCUGUUCUUCAGGUUCUACGGCGUGAACAGUUAUAUGCGGGUAAGCAGAAAUGUGAGUUCGGGGCCACGGAAGUUCUCUUUCUUGGCUAUGUAAUUUCGGAUAAAGGACUGGCGGUUGAUCAAGCCAAAGUCGAAGCUGUUCGCUCCUGGCCUGUUCCUCGCACCGUCACCAAAGUUCGAAGCUUCCACGGUCUCGCAUCUUUUUAUCGGCGUUUUGUGCACCACUUCAGUUCGAUCAUGGCUCCCAUCACAAAUUGUAUGAAAGACGGUACAUUUACUUGGACUACCGAAGCUGACACCGCGUUUGCCCUCAUCAAAGAAAAACUCACCACCGCCCCGGUGUUGGUUUUACCGGAUUUCACCAUUACGUUUGAGCUACAUUGUGAUGCUUCAAAACUCGGGAUUGGAGCCGUUCUAAGUCAGCUGGGGCGACCAGUAGCAUAUUAUAGUGAGAAGUUGGCGGGAGCACGUAGCCGUUAUAAUACCUAUGAUGUCGAGUUUUACGCUAUUGUUCAAGCAAUUAAACAUUGGCGUCACUACCUAGUACACCGCGAUUUUGUUUUGUUUACAGAUCAUGAAGCUCUCCGGCACUUGGAUAGCCAAGCAAAGGUUUCAGCUCGUCAUGCCACUUGGAUUGCAUUCUUACAACAAUUUACAUUUUCGAUUCGUCACCAGUCCGGUGCCUUAAACCGUGUAGCUGAUGCUUUGAGCCGCCGUCACGGUCUUCUCACCACGAUGCACAACACGGUCCUUGGGUUUGCAUCGUUCGCUGACCUUUAUGCCUCAAACCCAUUUUUUGGUCCUCUUGUUGCCGACGUGGAGCAUAAUCUUUCCUCCGAAUACUCCAUGCAAGAUGGGUUUCUUUUCUAA